AUAAGUUCAUACUACUUGGUUUGACAAAUGUUAAUUUAGUUUAGUUGUGCUGCUAUAUUGCACUCACACUGCGCUGCGCUCGCUCACUUAAUUUUUACUACUGCUCAAAACUCUAUAAUACACGCACCAAUACCGCGCGGAGCUUAAAAUUGAAAAAAUAAAAUAAUAAAUUAAUGAAAAAAAUAAAAAAAAUUAUUUAAUAACAAAAAGAAAACGAUUUUGAUUUUUUGUUAUACGUUCGCUCUUUUUAUUGUUUUGUGUGUUGAUAUGUUUAAAUACAAAAAAAUAUUAUAAUUUCCAUAUUAACUAAAAACGAGCUCAACGCAAAAAAUCCAUAAAUCUAAUUAAACAACAACAAGAAGAAGAAAAAAAGAAAAACUUUUAUUUUUUCUUUAAAGUGCAAAAAAAAAUUAAACGAAUAUUUUAAAACGAACUACGAAAAUACUUAUAAAAAAGUACGACUUUUUACGAAAAUUUACAUGAAAUCUUAAAUCUAGCAAGUGAUUUUGAUUUUGUAUAGGCCUUUUUGAAACGAAAACCUAAAUAAGAUUUAUUUUGUUUGGAAUAAAUCUAAAAGAAUUAUAACUCUAACUAAGAGUAGAAUUAUACCUUGGAAACUUCAGUUUUCUAAUGCUGACUAGAAAUCAAUCAAGCUAAACCAGAAACAACUACAAGAAACAAGGCAAUAUAAAAUCUAACGAAUUAAGAGAAGAAGGAAAAACAAAACCCCUUAAAAACAAACCAAAAAAAAAAAAAAAAAAACAACGGGCAAAUAUGAAGAAAUAUUAAAAAAGGAGCAGUAAAACAAACAUCCAACUAAACAACUAAAACGAAUUAAACAUCAUCCAUUUGCUACUACAAAAGAGGAUAAAAUUAGAAUUCUCAAUAACUUCUUAACAACACUUCUACGAUUUUUUUGUUUGUUUUUUUUUAUAUAUAAAUUUUUAAAACUACAACCGCCCGUUAAGCGGGAAAUUAUACUAAAUUCUUACAACCAACACUUAGGAGCAAGAAUUGCUGACAAAAUACUUUUUUUAAAGGAAUAAAAAAGUCAAGCAAUGCUUAAUAUUACAUAUAUUAAAUCUACAAUAACAUAACGUUAAAUGUUUUCUUAAUUUAUUUUUGUUUUUUUGUUCAAAUUUGUUUUCCUUGUUUUGUUAACAACAAUUUUUAUUUGCUUAACAACUACAACUAAAUACAACAACAACAACCACUUAAUAAUGAAGCCACUUUAUUAGAAGAAAACAAAGCAAAAAAAAGUAACAAAAAUCAACCAUUCUCACUUCCCUUAAACUAAACUAAAUUUUGAAUGCGUUAGAGAGACAAACAACACCACAAUUUCCCAAAUAACGUUUUGUUUAACCCAACAACAACAACUAAAACUAAAACUAGUUACACAGCACAGAAGGAAGUGAAUUGUUAGAAAUUUACCAAAGAAUAAUUGCGCAAACUUUGUUGUCUAUGAAUCCAACAAACAAUGUUGUCUUUACAUCUAAGAGAAUUUGAGGAAAAUGAUUUGCUAAACAUGCAAUCUUUAUUAAGCAACAACGGCGCUUCUUUCCCAGCUGCCCCUAAGACCGCUGCACCAGGAGUACAUUUGCCAACAACCAACGUUACAAGUGCAGCUUUUAAUGGUGUUGUAGCUCAUCACUUGGCUGAAACAGCUCAAUACGAGGAAUAAAUCAAAUUGAAACGAAACAAAAAAACCCAUUACGAAAAACCAACAAAAUUUAAAGUAACAACAAUUACAAAAAAGCCAUCUAAACUAAACAAAAAGAUAAGAAAAACAACAACAACACACGUUGAAAGAAAACAACAAAAUCUAACGUUCUAGCAUAAUUUAAAAGUAAAGAAAAAAAAAACAAACAUCAUUUUUACACAAAAUCACCACUUACACAACAAUUAAGCAUCCUUUACUUCGAAAAAAAGAAGGUUAAUCUAAGUAGCUAAGCCAUUGAACCAGGAGUUAUAAUAAUCAACAACUUUAGAAUUGUUUUAAAUUAUCAAACAACAUUUUUCAAAAGUUUCUCUCACCAACGUCAACACAACAACUAAGUAACAACAACAUUAACAAGAUUUGUGUCAGUCAUUUCUUCUAUGAACGAGCAAAGUUUAGAUUCUAAUUUUUUUUAAAGAAACGGUAUGAAGUAUCCUCAACUAGUAUCGCCUCGAGCCGUGAACGCCAUCUCUGAUUGGUUAGUGUCACGUUUGGAGCAAUUAGGCGUUGAAUCACCACAGAUCUAUACAAGACUUCUGCUAUCUCUCUUACAAUCGUCAGUUCAAGUAAACGAUCCAAUUGAAUUCAGCAACUUGGAAGCAUUUUUCGCCAAUCGCAAGGGAGGUCACAAACGUUUUCAUUUGCCCUCUGAUACUGAGACGUUAAAAAAACUAAAUGCUGUACAGUGUUUAAGAGAAAUUGUAUCUAAUGAACAGGAGACUGCUACCAUUGAACAACUGGUUGAUGAAUUGUGUGAAAAAUUAAAGGAUAUUGAAAGACAAACACAAAAUUUAAGCGAUGAAGAACGUUUUCUAAUUGAGACUCAUCUCAAUACUGAUUCACUUUUGCAAACACAAACGAAUACAACACAAUUACAACAUCCCAGCAGUAGCAACAGCAAUAAUCACAUACGUCAUAAUCAUCAUUCUCAUCCACAACAAAUUUCGCAAAUUCAUAGCAAUUCUCACAACACUGCUUUAAAUAACGAUUCAAAACGUCAUCAUCAUGUGGUUGCAACAACAUCGGAUGCUUUAAAUGAUUUAGAUAACGAUCCGAAAAAGCGUUAUUUUCGCGCCUUUCCAGCCUUGUCAAAGGAAAUGGAAGAUUCUUUUCGCAUCUGGCGUCGUAAUGCAAAAUCUUUAACUUGGCCCGUUGUAGGACGUUCAAUUGUUGGUGAUAAUAAUUGUAAUAACAAUAAUAAUAAUAAUUCCUCUGCAUCGUUGUCAUCAAGUAGUGCUAGUUCAAUAAUAUCGUCUUCAAAUUUUGGUGCAAAUAGUAGUGUAUCAGUGGAUAAAAGUGUAGUAGACAAGAAAUUGAAGGGUGUAGAACUGGGUGGUGGUCAUUAUCAGCAUCAUCAGCAGUUGGAAAAUAAAGUGAGUGCAACAGAUAUUUCUGGUAGUGGUAAUAUUGGUGGUAGCGACGUAAAACAACAACAACAUCAAGGAGCAGUAGCAGCAGCAGCAAGUGUUAAAAAGAAAUCUAAACGUCGCCGUAAUCAAGCUCUGUGCAAAGGUAAAACUAUACAAAACAUACGCAAACUAUCCGUUGGUACUACAUCUAAUUCAGUUGGUGGUAAUAAAUAUCAUCACUACGCCCAUCAUCGUAACUCCUCGCCCGCUUGGGAUACAGAUUUUAAAGGUUGCUGGGAAAUGGGUCCCGAUUUAAUUAAAGAGUUUUUGAGUCGUCAGAACGGCGGCAGCAAACGUAAUCGUUGCAGUUCCGAUACUAUGGAUCACGAAGAGCAUAACGUAGCAAACAUUCUGAAUGAAAUUCCGCCACAGGAAGAUGAUAAUAAAACCAUAAUGCAACGUUACAUAGAUUUGUCGUUCUGUUGUGAUGAUGAUGAAGACGACAUCGACGAUAAUGAUGAUGAGACUCAUCAUCAGUACACCGAAGAGGGUGUAGACUAUGUUGAUGAAGAUUAUGAUGACACAACAUUGGCCUCGGUAUCCGAAUUGGCUAUGGACAGUCUGAAUCCAAAUCCAAGACGUUUGUAUCAACGUGAGGGGCAUACACAAAAAUCAUUGUUGACCUUUAGUAAUAUUGAUUUGGAAAAUACAUCCGAUUCUGUGGAUCCCUUAGAUUUUCAACAACUUAAAGCCAAAUUCAAUAGCAGUGUAGAGGCUUUGUGGAAAAAUACCGAGCCCACAACCACCCAAAGAACUCAGCAACAGCCUUCGACCAACCAAUUAGCGGAUAACUCAUUGAAACAAGACAAUGAUGCUCUAGGUGGCGUUAUAUCAUCAGCCUUCUAUGCCACAACAUCGCUUAAUGCUUUGGCUCCAUUCAAAAAGGACUUGUGGAAUUUCUGGUCCAACAUCAAUCAGCAACAACACUGCGAUCAGAUGAAUAAUAAUAAAUUAUCAACUACGGCUUCAACAUCAUCCAUGAUUACGACAACACGUUUAGAUGAUAGUAGCGCUAGCUCUGGCGCUGGCGCCGAUAUUGCUAAUUCAAGUGAUUAUUUCUCAAUGCCCAGUAAUUUGGAUGAUUUUGAUAAGUCUGUGGGUGGUGUACGUCGUACAAAUGAAGCUGGUGCUUCGCUGGGAGCACACACUCCCUCGAUCAAUGUGUUUUUACAGAAUUCCAUAUGGUCAACAUCGCGUGAUUGUGUUGAUGCCAUUGGUACAACAUCGGCUGCGGCUGUGGCCGACACUGACGAAAGCUUUCUAUUUAAAGUAUGGCAAUCGAAUAAGAAAUUAAGUCAACUCGAUGUAGGCAAUACAUCAAAUGGUGAAAAGAUUCCCACCUUAGUGGCCGAUAAUGACGUUGGCAUUGUCAACAAUGAAUUCAUAAAUUCUCAAGAGUCUUCUACUUCGAUGAAUAAUCCAAAUUUAGGUGCUAAUCUACAAUUUCCACCCUUCCAAAGUUUAAAAUGGUCGGAAGGCAUUAAUGCCGGUCCCGCCUACACUAGUCUACUACCACAUGCCAACAAUGAAAUCGAUAACACGCCCUCUCUAAGGGCUGAUAAUAAUUUGGCUGGCUUCACUUCGUUGGCCAACAUUAGUGGUGCCACUUGGGAAGCUCCCGCUUAUGGACAGAAUGCACAACCAGAUUUAAAGUCGUGGUGUGCUUCCAAUCCCAUGUCUCUCACUGAAAUGUAUGGCAAUGAUGUGUGCGACAGCAUUGUGAAUCAAGCGUCCGCAGAUGGCCAUGAACUGGGACAAUCUGAAGUGGCCAUGGGACCAGCUGUAACUUUAGCCAAUCAUUGUGCUAGUACUAGUGGCUUUGUGGCCUACAGUCGCAUUAAACAAUGCGGCCUAGUGCAACCCCAAACCAAACCCUUGCAAAGUGCAAACGCCACACGUUUACCAAAGGAUUACUUUAGAGGUGGCGAGGAGGAGAAUCUCUUGAACUCAGAACGUACCCACUUUCAUCCAAUUGAAAGCUUUGGCGAUGGUCAUACUUUUAAUAUAAGCAAUGCUUUGGAUGCCAUUGAAUUUGAACGUACUGAAAGUGGUUUAAUGCGUUACGAUUCCGAGGAAUAUUUAGAGUAUACUCGCAAUGAUACCUACAUUGCUGACGAAGAAGUGGCCACUAGUUCCACAAAUCUAUUGAAAUAUGGCCUGAUGGAAAAUGAGGAGAAGGAGGAAGAUUUUGUUAUUAAAUUCCGUGUAAAACGUACAGGUGAAAUAGCUUGCCAAACAGAGGAGCAAGAUUUCCAAUUGGCGGCCGCCAAAAUGGCUGAAUUGCCAACAACUUCGGCACUCAGUGAUGAUGGCCCGGUGGAUUUUCCAUCUUCGUUGGAGGUAACCAAUAUGUUUAAUAAUACAUUUUCUUUAAGCCGCCAGGCUAACAAUGAAGCCAUUAUGGAAGCUGUUACCAAAGCCGUGGCAGCUGCAGCCAAAGCAGCUGCCGAAAAUCAUUUAAAUGCCGGCCAUUUCUGUUGGUUGCCCAACACAAAUCUGAAUACUGUUACCGCAGCCACCAGCACUAAUAGCAUGGAAACUAAUCCAAUUUGGUUGCCGGAAUUAGAUAAUUCCAUUUGCGAUGAAGUAGAUUUUUGUAAAAUAGACACUGCUGUAAGAGGACAAAAGCAGCCACAAUUGGCCCAAAACUGGUCUAUGCAGGAGGUAGAAAAACAAUGCCAUCAAAGACGUUGUUUGCCCCAGCAACAGCAACAACAACAGCAGCAGCAAGAAAUUAAGGGCAAAUUCCCAUCUUCUAUAGAUAUAGACAGAAGUGAAGAAAACUCUCUGGAUAACACCUCCUUGCACACUUUGUGGGGCAUGUGUGCUGUUUGCAAUAGCUGCGAAUAUGGCAAGUCUAUGCCAGCCAAUCGUCUCCUAAGGGAUGAGCUGCAAUUAGAAGCUGAUGAAAUUAUGAGCGAUCUACGUUACAUGCAAGAUUUAUAUAUAGGCGAAUCUGAUAUUUUAACUGAAACAAUUGGGGAUACUGAGGAUACAUUGUAUGGUGGUAAUAUUAACAAGGCAAUUAAUAUAAACUCAAUGAAAAAUCCCUGGAAUAUGGAUAUAAAGGAGAGUGACGGUCCGCAACAACAGGAUCCCGAACAAGUUUCAAUGCUGCAAAAAGUCAAUCAAUUAAUAGAGGACUUAUUAAAGCCCGAAAAUACAGCAAAACUACCAAAAGAAACUGUUGAAUACGAUAAUAUCAUUAAGGCAUCGGAAUUGGGUAAUACUUGGAAUUUGCCAGCAGAACACAGCCCAAGCCACACAAAAAACCUCUGGCAAUUUAGCGAAGAUGAAGAUAACAAUAUUUGGCAACAUAAACCCGUAAUAGAAACCUUUGAGGGCUAUGCAAAGGAAAAAGAUGAAACAUUUAUGAAGCCCAUGAAACUAUUAAAACAGGUGGGCGGAUCUUUAAGUGAAGACGCUGAAUAUAUGGAAACUUUAAAUUGGGAACACGAUAAUUUGGCAAAAAUAUGGCGACAAACCACGAUACCCACUGCCGCGCAAAUAGAGGAAGCUUUUAUGAAGAGUAAACAAAAUGAAAUGGCAAAUAAUAUUAUUAAUGAAAAUUUGCUAAAAGAGCAGCAGCAAGAGUAUUCUUUGGAAGGUAGCCAAAAACUAGUAGAGGAAAAAAAUCUAAAAAACUUGCAAAAUACCAGUGCAGUGACGCCACCCUCCACACUAACCGGUAACACAUACAAAAGGGUGCAGCAGUUUUUGAAUAAUACAGCAGCGGCCAAAUUAAAAUUAGCCGCCAAUCGCAAAAGACGUCAUUCAGCUUCGCAAAAUUUCUAUCAGCAACAGCAUUUGCAAUACAGCGGCGGUAACAACAACAAUAAUAAUAACAACAACAAUAACAAUGAUAAUAUAACCGAUUUAAAUGCCUAUAAGCUAAAAUUAAAUGAUACACUCAAACAAGCUAAGGAACAACAGCAGCAGCAGGAAGUUUUACCGUAUAACAACAGCAACACCACCACCACCAACAACACGAUAACCAGCAAUGUGAACUUGGAUGAACAGCCUACAAAGCAGACCAUUAUCACCUGUAAAUAUUGGACCACAGCCACCAAUGGUACACAAUCCUCUUUGGAUUCAGCCGCAGCCGCCAUGAUGCUACUGGCAGCCGCCACAAAUGCCAACAAUGCUAAUGAAAUGUUAACAAACGCCACGGCCACGGCCAACACCUACGACCAAGAAGAUGUUAUGCUAGAAGAGAAUAUAUUUGGUAAUACCUUUUCUUGUCUUAUCGAUAAAAAUGCCUCCAUUUUGAAACAUGUGACCAUGAUGACACGACCUCUAACACGUUGAAAACACUUUACACACUCAUAUAACAACACGCAAAUGAAAUGAAUAAUAUAAAAAUAAAUUAAAAAAAAAAUCCAAAAAAAAAUAAUAAUAAUAAAAGGAAACACACAAAUCCUUUUCAAAUGGUGAGAAUAUUUCAAAAAUUUCCAAUUCUUAAAUAAAUCACAAAACAAAUUCAAAAAUUUAUAUUCUUCUAAUAACUAAACUUUACACAGUUAAACAUAAAAUGAAAAGAUGAAACAAAGAAAAAAAACCCAGAAAAAAUAAAAAAAAACAUUUUUGAGUAUAAAUUGUUUUGAAAAAUCAAAACCCUUGAAACCAAUUCCCAAGACCAGCCUUGUUAUAUACAUACAUACAAAACAAACAAACAAUUUAUACAAAAAGAUAAACAACUCAACUCCCUUAAUUUAAUUUAAUUCAAUUUAGUUUUCUAUCAAUUUAGUCUUUUGUUUUUUGUUUCUUAUUAUUCCUUGCAAAUAUAUAUAUUGUUAUCAAAUAAUUUAUCAUUCAUUUUAUAUCUCUACGUUCUAUAACUUUAGUUUAACAACAUUAAUUUGUUUUUAUUAUUUUAAUUUUUUUCUUUAUUUUUUUUUUUGCUAUAAUUUUUUUUUUCACUUUGUUAAUUUAAACGACAAAUUUUUCAAUUUUCAAAAUUUGUUACAUAAUUUUUUUUCUGUAUAGUUUUUUAUAUUUUGAAAAUCUACACCUAGAUAAACUAAAAUAACAUUUAAAAUUUAUUUCAACACAAAAAAUGUUUAAAAAAAAUUACAAAAAAAAAUAUAUUAUAUAAAACAAAAAUAUAUAUUUGUUUAAACUAAAAAAUCUUCAGAAAAAAACACAAAAAAAAUUAAUUAAAUUAAAUUACAUUAAAUUACAUCAGUUCUGUUCAUAUAUUUUCAUUCAAUAGAAAAAAUUAAAUCACCAAACAAACAAAAAAAGAAGUGUAAAGUUUAUUACUUAAAUAUUAAACAAGAAACUUUAAAAUGAAAAAAAAUAAUAAUAAUAAUGAUUAAAGAUUAAUAAUAUCCUUCAAAUAAACAGCAUAAAUAAAGGAUUAAUUAGAAAAACAAACAACAAAA